UCACGGCAUUGACUAGCUCUACGGCCAUUUUAUAUCGACACAUAUUUUGUUUGAGAUUCGAAGUUAAAGGAAUUUUGCUGUACAUUUAUUUUUGCCUGGGCUGGUUCACCGUGGCAGCAGCAUAAGUAGCGGAGGCUUGAGAGUUUCUCAACACUCUCGAGGCCUUGGGUUAUUGGGGAAUAUACAUAUGUUGGAACGAUAAUGGUGAGCGGCCAUGAUUUUUGUUUUUGGUGUUUCGCGUGAAGUCCCCUGCUUGUAUUUUGAGCAAUAAGGAUUUGUUGGCUCCGUGAAAAAGUUUGUAAACUUCUCUAAUUAUUUGUCUCCGUCCAAUAUUUAGUAAACGAUGGUCAGAGUUCGCGUUAUCUCCUUCAUGGAUUUUUGUGAUCAACAAGUCGCUUUACUUUAGACUUAGUGGUCUGUUGUGUUCCGAGCCAGAGGUGUGUAGUAGAUAUGGCCGAACAGCAAGUUGACGGACCUCCAAGUAAGAAGCAGAAAGUUGGUAGUACUAGUACCCCAACUGAUAAUGAAGGUAUGUAUUACACAAACUUCGUACAAGUUUGUAGUUUUACGUUGUUUUAUAGUUGUUUUGAGACGAGUUUCGUUCAGUCACUGUCGCCAUAAUAACCCAGUCUUCCUGUUGAAGACUUCACAUUGCGACGCUGUUGAGCGAAGCUCGUUUCACCGUUCAUAUUUUUAAUCGAGAAUUUUUGUCAGCAGACACGUUCUUGGACGAACUACCAGAAGAGUUGUUCGAAACUAGAAAUGGAGAGACAGAGGACAAUAAUAGUAAGCCCAACGAAUUGCAACAGUUAUUGGAGAACGAAACGCCGAACAGUAAUUUGUCAAGUAACAAAAUACACCAAAAUGCAAAUCCCGUUGGAAUGACCGGCAAGAACUUGUCAAAUCCAAGCAGUCCUGCAAUAAAUAAUAACACUAAUUCUGUGCCAUCUCCAAGUAUGAACAAUAAUGCAAUGGUUUCUCCAGCACAAAUUACAACUAGUUCAACAAAUAUGGCAUCACCUCAACCUUCUGUACCAAACCUGAGUGCUGCUGCUAAUAUGAACUCACAACAUCACUCUACCUCAGGCCCACUCAAUCCUACGGCACCUUCCAACUCUCAUGCGAUGACUACGAACGCUGCACCAUUGACUAGCAUGCCUCAAAAUUUUCCUGUCGCAUAUAAUGCUGCAUCGCCGCAAGGACUAGUAAAUCCUGCAAUGUUGCAGACAAGAAUGAGAAAUGGUCCCAUAUCAAUUCAAAACUCUAGUCCUAUGCAUAAUUUUGGAAGACAAAUGACAUCAGAGCAAGCAAAUCAUAUGAACACUGUCAAUUCGCUGACAAACAGUACUAUGCCGACUAUAAAAACAGAACCCAAUUACAUGAUGGGACAGCCUGGAAUGGCUAUGAACCAAGGGGGAAUGGCCGUGAACCAGGGUGGAAUGACUGUGAACCAAGGUGGAAUGUCCCUUGGAGAGGUGAGUUAGAUUAAAAUAAUUGAUUUUUAUAUUUCCAGCUAAACAAUCAAGGUUAAAUAACCCCUUAUUUUAACUUGAGUUUGUGUUCUUUCUUCAUUGUUUAACUGAUUGUUGAAUGAAUCUAGAUUGUUUUCAUACACAACUAAUUGUUUUGUUCUUCUAAUUGUUUGACACUGUUUAUUAUUUUGUUAAUAUCCAACCACUUAUAUUUGCACCAUAAGCAAUAACCAUAUGUCAUCAGCAUUUAAAUGUACUGUUGAAUGUACACUCUUUGUUUUAUGAAUGUUUUCAAUGGUGUGAGUUCGCAUUGAUAUUCAGGUCAGAGUCUCUAGAAGUCAACUUGACUCCGUAUUGUAA